AUGUUCUACAGUGACCGCGUCCUUUAUUUCCUCGUAGAGUCAUGCUUUUCUCACUCCUUUAAAUUCGAUUUCGACUUGUUGAAAGUCUCUUCCUCUCAAUUGAUGCGCUCCAAACCUGGGGCUUGGCAAAAAUUGAACAUUCUCAUCCGCGUCAAUUGCGAUGGAGCCAUGCCACUGCCAGCCUGGACCUGUAAUCGAAAUGGAAGUGGUGGUGGUGGUGGCGGCGGUGGUGGAGAAAUCUUCAUGUUCACCCAGACAGAACCCUCCCACGGACUGAGCAUCGAUCAGAUGACCGAGCUCUGGGAUCCCAAAUCAGCGCCCUGUGCCGGGCUACCCAUAGUCACCCCCUCUGUCGCGCCUGCCAGUCUCUUCCAUCGGUAUCACCGCUACCCUCCUUACACUGCUGUUGUCGGUGAUCUGGGCGUUUGUCUCGAUUUGCGGCAGCGAAAUGUGGACGCGACAAUAAUCGCAGGCAGCGCCUACUGCACCGCUCCCGAGUGUUUGCGCAAACUGGCGCCCUACUCACCGGCUGCUGAUAUCUUCGCCUUUGGACUUCUGGUCUGCGAGCUCAUUGCGCGUCUUGUGAAUAAUGGAAUCACCAUUCCUCGCACCGCUGAGUUCGGACUUGAUAAGGACAAUUUACCUGUACCUCCAGACUGUCCAUCGUGGUUUCUUGACUUGGCAGUGGACUGCUGCAAAGUUAACCACUUGGAACGUCCCUCCGUGGACGAAAUCACGGAUCGAAUAAUAGGUCAUUCCAUCGACUCCGCCUUUAUCGAUUCGAGGGCAUUUAAUUUCGCAGCUGUGGAAAAGGAUGGCGCGGCUGAAAGGAGCUCGCGGAAAUGCUUCAGUAGUUCUUCCUUACGCAGUACCAAUAGUCAACAAAUUACUGCAGCAGCUGCUACUGUUCCACCGGAUUGUCUCGGAUGA